AUGAUAACCUCUGCCGUCUCGUCCAGGCAGCCCUCUCGGCCUGCUUGGACCCUAGAGCAACUUGAGCGCGAGCUGGCAGUUGCCCUCAAUGCUUCUAUCGACAUCUCCUCUGCCCGCACUUAUGGCUCCGCUCUCAACUCUUGGAUCGAAUUCUGCCGCCUUCACGAGUUCUCGACAGAACCAACAGAGAAGACACUGGCCUUCUUUGUGGUUUAUCGUUCCAGCCAUAUUAGCCCCAACUCCGUUGACUCGUACUUAUCCGGCAUCUGCAACCAGCUUGAAGCAGUGUUCCCUCGCGUGCGGGAAAUGCGGAAGAGCUUGCUGGUUUCCCGUGCACUUAAAGGCUCCAAACGCCUACAUGGUCGCCCUGUCAAACGUAAGAACCCGCUAACACCGCUACACCUUCAACAAGCUAUCAACACACUACCACCCUCCCCCUCCCAUGACGACCUCCUUUUCACCUCCAUGCUAUUGUCGGGUUUCCGCGCGCUUCAUCGCCUGGGGGAGCUCACAAUGCCGGACAACCCGCGCCUGCGCAAUCCACGGAAGUACACGAAACGCGAAACAGUCACACUUAACGAGGACUCGUAUGAGUACUGGUUGCCGGCCCACAAGGCCGACAUUGCAUUUGAAGGCAACCGCAUCAUCAUAUCUGACGCCGCCGCCCUAUCCUUUUUCCGCCGCUACUUGACCUCCCGCGACCGCCUCCUCCCGCUCAACCCAUAUCUCUGGGCUCGUGAAGACGGGCAGAUGCCCCCCCGCGCCUGGUUUAUCCGUCGCCUACGCCACCUUUUCCCAGACCCCAACAUCGCCGGCCAAUCGUUGAGAGCCGGUGGAGCGACAGCGUUGGCGGAAGACGGCGCUCUCCCACAUGUGAUCCAAGCCGCUGGGCGAUGGUCAUCAGAUGCAUUCUACGUGUAUCUGCGCAAGCACCCAACACUCCUCCAUGGGAUUCUUCGGGCGGGCAGCACUCACAACGGCGCUCCAGCUAGUGCCUCAUCAUCACAAUCUCCCAACACAUUACCCUCUUAG